UCACGCUAUGUCCAGAUGCUCCUCCAUCAAGAUGAUAUACCUCUACUACAUAACAUUCUCGCCGCUGUGCUUGUCUGGCUUCUGCUGGCGGGCUUCCUUGUCUUCCCCGGAACAUUCACCAGCCUCCAAGAAUCCGUCGAGCGCAAAGGUGAUGAUGCCCACACAUUAAGUGACCAAGCCGCCAAGUUCAUCGUAAAGAGCAUCAAAAACAUCCCACUGCUGGUCAUAGCCGCGGCAAUGUGCGCCAUAUCCUCUUUCGGAAUGCUAUUUCUGGCCUUUAGACACGCCAAAAACUACGUCUGGCUUGUGAAUAAGCUGUUCCUGCCGGGUAUGACCAACUCUCUGGCCGGCUUGGUGUCGACUCUCAUUGGCGUAUACUCUCAACAACACGGAACAUGGAGCAUCACCGCCAAGAUCACCGCCAUGGUUGAAGGAGCCUCGCUUUGCGUUUGCGGAAGUCUUUUUCUUUUAUACCGACUUGCUUUCUUGAAACAAAUCAAGGCCAGCCAUGGGGAGCAU